CACCCUUCGCUGCUUUCGUCCUCCUCCAGUCGACUGUCGACGGGUCGUCCCCCACCUUUGCCGGCUCUCUGUUCCCUCCAAAAACCCUAGCAAAACCACUGCUCCAAAUCCCCGUUCCCUCCACUCCUCCGCUUCCCUCCCAAAAUUUCGAACCCCAAAUCGAAGCUAUCAUGCGCCACCGCUCACCUACCCAGUUGAUUGGAAGAACCGUUCCAAUUUUGAAGCCGACCCAGUCCAAUCUCAGCCACUCAAUUUUUCCUAAAAAAAAUUCAAAGAAAGUAUUCGGCACCCGCCGGCACCCCGUCCACACUACAAAUCCCGCCACCAUGCGCUCCAUUUGCGCCAUGAGGUCCCUGCUCACCGCUGCCGCUGCCGCUUCCGCCCCCACCGUCCUCCGCGCCAGCGCUUUCCCACCGCGGCCGCAGCUCCGCUCUCUACCUUUCCGCCGGGGUCGUGCCGCCGGAAACAUGCUGGGCACGGCGAGGUCAGUCUCUGCGGCGGCCCGGUCGCGAAUCGGCGGUGGCGGCUCUGCGAUGGAGGCCCGGGCGGUACAGUCCGGCGAGAUCCAUGUCAUCGUUGGUCCCAUGUUCGCCGGCAAGACCACCGCGCUCCUCCGCCGGGUUCAGGCCGAGGCCGGCAGUGGAAGGACUGUGGCGCUCAUAAAGUCUGACAAAGACAACCGCUAUGGAUUGGAUUCUGUUGUCACUCAUGACGGCACAAAGAUGGCGUGCUGGGCCUUAUCAGAGCUGUCAAAUUUCCAUGACAAAUUAGGAAUUGAGGCUUACGAUAAGGUAGAUGUUAUAGGUAUUGAUGAAGCCCAGUUCUUUGAUGAUCUUUACGAUUUCUGCUGCAAAGCUGCAGACCGUGAUGGAAAAAUUGUAGUUGUUGCAGGGCUAGAUGGUGACUACAAAAGGUACUUUUAUGAGUUUUUAGUUACUAGUUAGAUUUGAUUUGACCAGCCUAUCUACGCUAUAUAUACCCAUGUAAUUUUAGAUGGUUUGGAGGCAGGAUAUUUUCACAUCGAAUUUUGUGCCACCUUUUGGUUUGAUGACUGUGGUCUUGUUAGGAAAAAGUUUGGCUCAGUUCUGGAUAUUGUUCCCCUGGCUGACUCAGUCACCAAGCUAACAGCACGGUGUGAGUUGUGUGGUCGCCGGGCAUUCUUCACAUUGAGGAAGACACAAGAAACUAAGACUGAAUUAAUUGGAGGAGCUGAUGUUUAUAUGCCCGUGUGUAGACAACACUACAUGGAUGGGCAGGUUGUUAUAGAGGCCACAAGGAUUGUACUGGACCUUGACAGAUCCACCGUGACAGCGCAAACUCUGAAAUAGGUCAAUACUUGAUACUCGCAUCUUGACUUCUGUGUGCAAGUAUGUGGUGUGUAACAAUUUAAUCAUUAUAUCGGUUUAUGAAGACGCCAUCUAUACUAUUUGGCGUCUGUCCGAAAUUUUAGUUGGUGAUGCAGACAAUUUCGAGGGAAGCUCAAUGAGUGUAUCCCACAGAACACAACUGAGCAGACUGUAAAUAUUGAUCAGUUUGGAUGUUAAAUGCAAACAUUCAUGUCUUUUACUUCAAUAGACUACAAAAUUGGUAUUGUGCAGUUCAACUAGUAUAAUCAGAUGCUCUGAAUUGCUAUUUACUGCCCUGGUCCACUUAUGUUGUGCAAGCAAAAUAAACAGUCUCCCUGGCAACGGGGCUUCUUUCAGGAUAGGAUUCAUAUUGCUCCUCGUGGUUGAAAGUGUAUUCACUAGCAAUGAGCCCCAGUCUUGGGUCCGUACCCCAUCUAUUUGUGUACCUAGGUGAAUCAGGCAUAUAACACUCUUCUCUCAGAUGCAUACCUGCUAAUUCGAGAUUUCAGCUAUUUACACAUACUGUUAUCAUGUGAAAAAGUUUUAAGUGAUUAGAGCAGAUAUUAGUAGGGGCACAUAUGGUCAUUUCAAAUUUCCAUUUCCAUUGGUGUAGUAACUCUCUCCGACCUCAUUAUUUCUUCUUAUUAAACUGUUUUUUUUUGCGAGGUCUUAUUAAAACUGUCUAGCUAACCUCCACCGUUUGUCAACUACAGAUGCAGACGUGGUUGAAAUUUACUGACUACCAAAACACAACAGAGAUCCGUCUGUUUCUACCGUUUGCCCUGUAUUUGUAACAAAGGAUGGUUGGUGGUGAUGGACACGAGAGGUGCCACACCGCAUCCUGCUUGACGCUAUGGCCACACUAGCUGAUGAUUCCUUAGAUUUCGAGGAACGCAUGGUGUCAUACCAAUCGAGAGCUUCGCUUUCCUUCAAGGACUUGCACAGCGGGUGGUGGUUACAGAUGUGCCGUCGUGUCGUGCAGGGACAUGGCGUGGGCCAAGCGCGCACCCGCGCUUUCCAUGGAGGUUUUCGGUGAUUUGGUUGGUGUGUUAGGUAGGACGACGAUGAUUAUGCCGAGACUGGCAACUAAACUGUACUGCCACCACACUCGAUGGUGUGUUAGGUACAGUAGGAUGGAGUUAUAAAUCGGCACAAUCACCAGAUUGAGUACCUUGCGGUGUGCACAAGCACAACAAUGGAGAAAGAGGCUCCUCGCAACUACGACAAGAUCGUCAACAGGGAUGAGAUCACGGAUGCCGCGGCGGCGGCGUUCGCCAACGCCGGCCAUCAGGUCCCGGAGAGGUACGUCCGGACCGAGGAGGUCUUCGACGGCGUCGUCGUCGGCGAGGACGAGCGCUACGAGCUGCCGGUCGUCGCCAUGGCCAGGCUCCUUGACCCGGAGUCGGCGGCGCUCGAGAUCGGGAAGCUUGGGGACGCUUGCAGGAACUGGGGCUUCUUUCAGCUGACAAACCAUGGAGUUGACCAAGAAGUGAUCCAGCGAAUGAAAGACAGCACCGUGCAGUUCUUCAGCUCGCCGCUGGAGACCAAGAAGAAAGUGGCGGUCCGGGAGAACGGCUUCGAAGGAUUCGGGCACCACUACAGCAGGGAAUCAGGAGGUAAGCUGGACUGGGCAGAGAGCGUGAUCCUCAUCACGCAGCCACCCCAAGACAGGAACAUGGAGAUGUGGCCUACUAGCCCUCCCCCAUUUAGGAGCGCGCUUGAGGUGUACUCGGUGGAGAUGAUCGGUCUCGCGAUGAAGCUCCUGGGCUUCAUGGCGGCCGACCUCGGGGUGGAGCGGGAGGCGCUCGUCGGCGCCUUCACCGGGAGGCGGCAGAGCAUGGCGAUCCACCACUACCCCCCCUGCCCGCACCGGGAGAAGGUGAUGGGCAUCACGCCGCACACCGACGGGCUCGGCCUGACGCUGCUGCUGCACGUGGACGACACGCCGGGCCUGCAGAUCAGGAAGGGCGGCCGGUGGUUCCCGGUGCGGCCGCUGCCGGGCGCCUUCGUCGUCAACGUCGCCGACAUCCUCGACGUCCUGAGCAACGGCGCGUACAGGAGCGUCGAGCACCGGGUGCUGCCGGACGCCGAGAGGGCCCGCACCACCGUCGUGAUAUUCCAGGAGGCCGCCGUCGGGGGGCUUGUGGUGGCGCCGCUGCCGGGGCUUGUGGCCAAGGGAGGCGGGGCGCGCUAUAGAUCCAUCGGCGUCGAGGAGUAUAUCAAGGGGAACUUCAACGCGCUGGCUGAAGGCACACGCUUCAUCGAGAGCCUCAGGAUCUAGAGCUUGUGUUGUGAUCGAUAUGUAUCUCUGUACCCUAAGUGGUUAGUGACAGAUAGCUGCUUGCUUCUGUCUUUGAAUCCCACUGCUCUUUGAAGAUUAAAUAAAAAAAAUCCAGACUGCAGAGUAACACUAAUACCAGAAAGGAAAAAAAAACAUUGUUUUCGA